AUGCUGGUGCAGUAUCAGAAUCUUCCUGUGCAAAACAUUCCGGCUCUACUGCUUUCUUGUGGCUUCCUUGCAAUCCUCUUUCGAUCUCUCGUCUUACGUGUGCGGUACUACCGCAAAGCCCAGGCUUGGGGAUGUAAGCCGGUCCCCUCACGGUUUCAGUGGGAUCCCUUCUGGGGCCUUGAUCUAGUAUGGUCUCAGUGGAAAGCCCUGCGUGGUCACUACUACAUUCCAUGGCUCAGUGAUCUACACAAGGGCCAGCCGAAGACCUUUCAGAUCACCUUCCAGGGAGCACGUGUGAUUCAUACGAUCGAGCCGGAGAAUCUCAAAUGCCUAACGGCUAUCAACUGGAAGGACUUUGGCAUCAGCCCUCUCCGUCGGGGUAAAAAAGCGGGCCAUCCCUUUGCUGACCGUGGUGUCAAUUCGGUCGAUGGCGAAGACUGGGUGUUUAGUCGUUCACUGAUCAAACCAUUCUUUAUGCGUGAAGUCUAUGCGAAUACCGAGCGACUUCUUCCACACCCUGAUCAUCUAUUGCGGAUUAUGCCUCCAGACGGAGAGACGUUUAACAUUCAACCAUACCUUCAGCGAUGGUUCCUUGAUGUCACCACCCAAUUUAUCUUUGGAGCUCCGAUGGAUGCUUUAACACACCCUGAGCGGGCCCGUGUCACCUGGGCCAUGCUGGACGUGUUGCGUGGCACUCGUCUCCGGCUACAGCUGUACAGGGUCAUGCACUUGAUUGAUUGGUCAUGGUGGUUACGGGCUAUUAAGAUCAUACAUGAGUUCAUGGACGAGCGGAUAGACCGUGUUUACGCGGAUAUUGCACAACAUCAGAAACGCAUACAAGCCGGCGAAGACGUUGGACCCGAAAGACUUGACCUACUGUGGCAUAUGGCACUUGGUUGUCCAGAUCACGUGGAGCUUCGUUCACAGUUAUCCCUCCUGUUCGUGCCCAACAACGAUACCACCUCCAUCCUUACUGCCAAUGUCAUCUGGCACUUGGCGCGCAAUUCCAAGGCCUGGGGAAAGGUUCGCGCCGAGGUCCUAGCCCACGGAGAUGCCCCAUUGACCUUCGAGGCACUCCGGGGCAUGAAGUAUUUGCAGGCCAGCAUCAACGAGACCCAUCGGCUCAACCCAAACAACGUUACCCAGGUGCGUAUGUGCGUUAACGACACUACGCUACCUUUAGGUGGUGGCACGGACGGUCGGUCCCCGAUCCUUAUCCGGAAGGGCGAUAUAGUCCAGGUUACCAAAACUGUCAUGCAAAAGGAUCCGCUAUACUGGGGUGAAGACCCCGAUGUUUACCGGCCUGAACGCUUUGAGGAGAAGACCCACUUUUGGGAAUUUGUUCCUUUUGGCGGUGGUCCGCGCCGUUGUCCGGCGCACAUGAUGGUCCAGACGGAGUCCGCAUACCUGAUAGCACGUCUGGCCCAGGUAUACAGCCGGAUUGAGCCCCGCGAUGAGAAUCCGUUCAUAUCCGCCAUGCGGAUUGGGCCAUCAAAUAAGACAGGUGUCCUUGUUGCGCUGCACAAGUAG